CAGCAACAGGAAGAAAAUCGGAAAAGAGUGCAGAGUUUGGGGGGUGGAAACAAAAAAAAAAAAAACAGUGGAAGCCGAAAUUAUUUCGGCUGGUUGGCAUCAGAUCCACUGCUGGGCUGUAAACUCCAGCCUGGACCCAACUCACCCCCCUGACUUGGUUCUGUUAUACGUGGCAGAUAAAUGAGCAUGUCUGGCUUGUAGAGCUAAAGUAAUUUUACCUGCCACAGAAGAGGAGAAACAGGCGCGUCUGUCUGAAGGACGCCAUGGCCGACUGCACCAGUAUGCACUAUGAGAAAGUGGCCGAGAUUGGUGGUGGCGCGUAUGGGACUGUUUACAAGGCCCGGGACACGGAGAGCGGGAAGUUUGUUGCUCUGAAGCAUGUCCGUGUCCAAACAGACCAAGAUGGCCUCCCGGUCUCCACAGUCAGAGAAGUGGCUCUGUUGAAACGUCUAGACCAGUUCAACCAUCCCAAUGUGGUCAGGUUUAUGGACGUAUGUGCCAUCCAAAGAUCGGACCAAGAGACUAAAGUCACUCUAGUGUUUGAGCAUGUGGACCAAGACUUGAAGACGUAUCUAGAGAGAGCACCACCUUCAGGAUUGUCCUCAGACACCAUCAAAGAUCUGAUGAGGCAGUUGCUGAGCGGCCUUGCAUUCCUUCACUCGAACCGUGUGAUGCACAGAGACCUGAAACCAGAGAAUAUUCUGGUGACCAGUCAAGGCCAGGUAAAGCUGGCGGACUUCGGCCUGGCCAGGAUCUACAGCUGCCACAUGGCCCUCACUCCUGUGGUGGUGACAUUGUGGUACCGGCCUCCUGAAGUUCUGCUGCAGACCAGUUAUGCCACUCCAGUGGAUAUUUGGAGCACUGGCUGCAUCUUCGCUGAGAUGUUUAGACGCAAACCUUUAUUCUGUGGAAAAUCAGAAAUGGACCAGCUUGGAAAAAUUUUUGAAGUUAUUGGCUUGCCACCGACGGAGGAGUGGCCGACUGAUGUUUCAGUACCAAGAGAACACUUCCCGUCUCUCACGGCUCGCCCAAUCACAGAUUUUGUUCCAGAGAUAAAUGAGCAGGGUGCCCAACUGCUGCUGCAAAUGCUGACGUUUGACCCCUUAAAACGAAUAUCAGCCCUGGCUGCACUAGAACAUCUGUAUUUCCAGGACGAAGAGACGUUGACUCAAAUAGCUGAAAUUUAGCAGUUAAAAAAAAAAUGCUAAUUUCCUUCGCUGCAUUGCCUUCCAGUAUGUAUGUUAUCCUUUGGAUUGUGGUUAUUGCAUCAAAGAACACGGAUUAAACCCAAGAAAAGUCAGGAGUCACUGACAUACUUUCCGACUUGUAAAUGUCAGAGUAAUUGAUGUUACCAUGUCACAUCUUAAAGGACAGUACCAGUGUGUUUGAUAUUCGGUAUCUGAGUCGUCAGCAGGGAACAAUGUACAGAAAUGUCUGUCAUCACAUAUUAAAUGCUGCUCAUGUUACUUUGUAGAGUGUCUGACAAAAGUGACACACUAGAGGGUUAGAUUAACCAUCUUGUUAUGUGUAUUGAUAUGUAUCAUAACACCGUGAGCCUGUGGUGGGCUUCUAGUUAUAUAAACACGAUGAACUGUAUUUAAAUCAUGACAAAAGACGCACAUUAUAAAAAUACUGGUAUUGCCCUAACAUUAUCUUACAAAGUACAAAGUUUCAUUGGUUUCAUGUUUCUUAUAUUGGUAAAACCAUUGGAAUCUAUAAGCAGUGUAACCAUAAAUAAAUAAAAGACUGUUUCACUGAUUUGUGUUUUAAUAUAUAACAUUCGUGAAUAAAUGCAAAUCAAAACUAAAAA